ACGUUGUUUCAGGAUCAAUUGUGUUGAAUUCUUUGUUAAAAAAAGUCAAAGAAUGGCUACCACUUCCAUCAAUUUACGUCUAGAGGUACAAGUCAUGGGCCCCAUUGCCUUUUGAGUAGCAAUUCAAAAUUUUUUUUAUUUAAUUUUUUGGUCUUUCCACACACACACACACACACUCAAAUCCUUAAAACUUAGUAUUUAUUUUGGGAUCUUCCAAGCAAAGGGGCCUAUCUGCUAAUAUUUGCAACCUAUGAGAGAGAGUUUGAUUUGGUCUUUCCCCCAUUUUACUAAAGAGUGCUACUGAAGCUACAAGUGGCAGAGUUAGAUUUAUAUGCUCUGUUAAUAUCUGUUUUUUUCCUGGUUGACUUUUUAUUUUUCCUAAUUAUAUCCAACUUGUAGUGAUUUUUCAAUUAUAGUUGUGAAGUUGACUUUAAUUGUGUAUUCAUAUUUAAACAAAGAAAUGCAGAUUUUAGAAGCAACGCAGCACAUUCUUGAUUAGUUAAGGAAACCCAACUUUCCAGCUGUAUAGCCCUUUAUUUUUUAUUUUAUUAUUCAAUUUAAAGCUUGCAAAAUCCAAUUUUUCGUCCUGAAAUUUCCCUUCUUUCAUUCCCUUCUUUGCUUUAUGGGUAUAAAUCAGAUAAGGAGUUGACAAUCUUGAAUCAAUGUUCUUUAUAUAAAAUUUCAAGAACAAUCUAGUUGUGAAUUUAUAAUUGUUUUCUAAAAAGUUGCCAAAAAAUAAAAAAUAAUCUUUUAUGGGCUUGUGUCCAGCACUUGAUGUAGCAUGAUAUGUAUUCAUAAUUGUUUCCUAAGAGUAUUACCCAAGAAAAAAAAAUUGGUAGAAAGUUUAUACUUCAUAUUAUAUGUCACACCUUGUGCGGUACCCUAUUUCUUGUCAAAGGUUGUAAAGUGAGAGUUUGCAGGUUGUGAUUUGUUUGGGAUUGUUUUGGUGCAAAAUGGCCUCCAAUGGCACAGUUAAAUGUCCAUCACCCAUGAAGCCUACCUCUAAUGGGGUCUUCCAAGGAGACAAUCCUCUUGACUUUGCACUUCCUCUUGCUAUCCUACAGAUAUGCCUGGUGGUUGUUCUCACGCGAGGUCUUGCAGUUCUUUUAAGGCCAUUAAGACAGCCUCGGGUUAUUGCUGAAAUUGUUGGGGGUGUUUUACUUGGUCCAUCAGCUUUGGGUCGCAACCAGAAGUAUCUGCAGACGAUUUUUCCACCCAGGAGCCUCCCAGUAUUGGAUACAUUAGCCAAUCUUGGCCUCCUUUUCUUUCUGUUCCUUGUAGGCCUGGAGUUAGACCCAAAAUCCCUUCGUCGGACUGGAAAGAAAGCUUUGAGCAUUGCCGUUGCAGGAAUUAGCUUGCCUUUUGCAUUAGGAAUUGGUUCAUCUUUUGUUCUUCGAAGAACCAUUUCCCAAGGUGUAAGUGAAGCCCCCUUCCUUGUAUUCAUGGGGGUGGCCCUUUCUAUAACUGCCUUCCCUGUUUUGGCACGCAUCUUGGCUGAACUCAAGCUUUUAACCACUGAUGUUGGUCGAAUGGCCAUGUCCGCUGCAGCAGUCAAUGAUGUGGCUGCAUGGAUUCUACUUGCUCUUGCCAUUUCCCUCUCUGAUACUGGAAAUUCUCCCCUUGUAUCAUUAUGGGUCUUCCUGUGCGGCUGUGGUUUUGUCAUUUGUUGCAUACUCAUAGUCCCGCGUAUCUUCAAAUGGAUGGCGCAACGUUGCCCCGAGGGUGAGCCAUUGGAUGAAAUGUAUGUUUGUGCCACUUUAGCAGCUGUUUUAGCUGCAGGAUUUGUCACUGAUUCUAUUGGAAUUCAUGCCCUGUUUGGUGCUUUCGUGGUUGGAAUUCUUGUACCGAAGGAAGGGCCUCUUGCAGGUGCUCUUGUGGAAAAAGUUGAGGAUCUCGUCUCUGGUCUGUUUCUUCCACUGUACUUCGUCUCAAGCGGAUUGAAGACCAAUGUAGCCAGCAUCCAGGGGCUUCAAUCUUGGGGACUCCUUGUUUUGGUCAUAUGCACUGCAUGUGCUGGGAAGAUUCUCGGCACUAUUGCAGUCUCACUUUGUUGCAGACUGCCAUUUCGGGAGGCUCUUGCUCUAGGGUUUUUAAUGAAUACUAAAGGCCUGGUGGAGCUCAUUGUUCUCAAUAUUGGGAAAGACAGGGGGGUAUUGAAUGAUCAAACAUUUGCCAUUAUGGUUCUGAUGGCUCUUUUCACAACCUUCAUCACUACACCUUUGGUUAUGGCAGUAUAUAAACCAGCUAAAAGAAUGGGCGGGGCUGAUUACGUCCACAGAACAAUUGAGAGGAGAGAUCCAAGUACUCAACUCCGGGUGCUGGCAUGCUUUCACAGUACAAGGAACAUUCCGACUUUGAUAAAUCUCAUGGAGGCUUCUCGUGGUACUGACAAGAGGGAAGGACUUUGUGUCUAUGCAAUGCACCUCAUGGAGCUCUCCGAAAGGUCUUCUGCUAUACUAAUGGUCCACAAGGCAAGAAAAAAUGGGCUGCCCUUCUGGAAUAAGGGACAGCAUUCUGAUACCAACCAAAUUAUUGUUGCUUUUGAGGCUUUCCAACAGCUCAGCCGAGUGUCUAUCCGACCAAUGACAUCAAUCUCACCAAUGUCUAGCAUGCAUGAGGACAUCUGUGCUAGUGCGGAGAGGAAAAGGGCUGCCAUGAUAAUUCUCCCGUUUCACAAGUAUCAGAGGUUAGAUGGACAACUGGAGACUACUCGGAUGGAUUUUAGGCAUGUCAACCAGAGAGUUCUUGAGCAUGCACCAUGUACAGUUGGUAUCUUAGUAGACCGUGGGCUUGGUGGAACAACACACAUAUCUGCAAGCAACUUGGACUCAAUAGUAACUGUUUUAUUCUUUGGGGGCCAUGAUGAUCAUGAAGCUCUUGCUUAUGGUGUGCGCAUGGCUGAACACCCUGGCAUCAGUUUAGUUGUUAUUCAUUUCAUAGUAGUUCCCACGAUUGUUGGAGAGAAUGUCAGUAUUGACGUGGACUCGAGUUCAGAUUCUGCGGCUCAUUCUCUGCCUGCUCCAGUGCAGCAGCAAGCGAGUACUGCUGAAGCAAGGUCGGGGGAUGAAAAAUUUCUUGAUGAACUCAAGGAGAAGACUUCAAAAGAGAUCUCAAUCAAGUAUGAGGAGAGAGCAGUGAGUGAUGCUGCAGAAACAAUUGAUGUAAUACACGAGUUCAGUAAAUGCAGUCUGUUUCUUGUUGGAAGAAUUCCUGAGGGUCAGUUAGUUUCAACUUUGAACGGAAAGGGCGAUUGCCCAGAACUGGGGCCUAUAGGCAGCUUCUUGAGCUCACCAGAUUUCUCAACUACAGCGUCGGUUUUGGUGGUGCAAAAGUAUAGCAGCCAAUCUCCUUCACAUUAAUUGGCUUUGCUGAAGGAAGAAGUCUCACCCGAGGAUGAUUACGAAAACCACUGUUUUUUUUUUCAGAAUUAGAUGUGUAGCACUAUGCAAAAAGUAGUAAGACGAUCGUGCAAUUUGUUUUUCAUUUCACUCCAUGUAUGAAUUACAAAUUUAGAAGUAAUAAAAUUGUCACAGCAUGACCUUUUAAAUUUCUACUCUAGACAUGCUUUUGAUUUUUAUUGUUGUAAAUCUCAGAAUUGGCCCCUAUAAAAUUGUCUGGUAUUAGCUUUAGAGCUUGG